AUGUCUGUCCUUAUGGGCCCAUCCGAAUAUCCACUGGCCACGCGAGACCCAACGCAGCAGGUAAGUUGAUCAUGUGAUUGAUGUGCGGGUUUGUUUCUUCGGGUUUGUUUUUGAUUUAUGGGUUACGGACAUGGUGGUUAGUGAUGGUGUUAAUUGGAAUCCGGAAAAGGGUUUAUAAAGCAUUUUUUGUGAGAGAAUUAGAGGAAAGAUAAUGAAUAUAUUAAGGUUGAUCAAGGUUUAUAAGCUUUACUAUUUUUUUUUCUUAUUUUUUUCUAAAAAAUCAGUGGGAGUUUAGUAAAAGCUAGCUUUUUUGGCCUAAAAUAUCAUGAAAACAACUCUUAAAAUAACUAAAAGCAACCCUAAAUGAACAAAGAUUAAAAUCCUUUUCAUUAAUUAACUAAACCAACUUUCAGCAACAAAACUACGGCUACCAAUGGACGAACAACCGAUCCUCGCCCAACUCCCUAGGCAGCACCAACAAUAGUCCCUCCCCGCUCAACUCGAGUGCACCAGCAAUGAACCCGACGGCACCAUCGCCGCUAGUGAGUGCCAACAUGGGACCACCUACAUCAAGUUCGAAUAAUCAAGAAAAUACGAGUCCCGCAUCGAAUUUGAGCCCUCAAGGCGAAGCUUCGAACCCCGGAUCGCAGAAUCAGAUGCCCGGCACGGCGGAAGGCCAAAUGGGACAGAUGAUGCCGCAGGCAUCGGGCAUGGGAAUGCAAGGUCAGGGUAUGGCGAAUCAAGGAAUGACACCACAGGCGAAUCAAGGCCAAGGAAUCACCCCUCAGGGAAUGGGCAUGUCUACCAUGCCAAAUCAGGUGCUACGAGAACAAAACCCAAACGAAAUUCAAGGUUUGUACGACUACGAGAUGUGCUGUGGCUCUUUGAACCCCCAAAUGCCACUACCGUUUUCCCACUUUGACCAGAUCCGUCACAUGCUACUCCAAACCCGCUACACCAUGCAGGAUCACCCCGCCCUCCGGGCCCAUUUUGCUCCUGGCGUGAAUACCGCCCAAGGCCAGAACCACAUCAUCAACAUGUACCCACCGGGCGUACCACUAAACCGCGGCCAAUGCAUGAUGAUCACACCACGCCCAAUGAUGCCCCAACCCAUGCCCGUCCAACAACCCGCCCCCGCUCCACCCGCCAAAAAGAAACGCCAAACCAAGAAGGAGAAAGAGGAGCAGAAGAAGCGUGAGGAGGAAGAGAAACGAAUGCAAAUGAUGAUGCAACAACAACAACAGUUCCAGAAUCAAUUCAUGCCCAUGAUGCCGAUGGAUCGGCCGUCCUCGUCGGAGAUGGUGGAUCAUAGGUUAAUGUCGCCGAGCGCAUUGCCUCCGCAUAUGAAAGGUAAAUCUUAAUUUAAAAUUUUUAAAAAAGUAGCUAUGUCUGUUUUUGAUACCUAAAAUAUUAGUUUUGAUCUCUAGAUUAAUAAAUUUAAUGUUUUUUGCUAAUUUUUUGACUGUUCUGCCAAAAAAAAAAACUUGCCACAUUAUGACCUCUAAACCUUCACCUACAACAAUAUAAUUUUUCAGGUCCAGACGGCUUCGCGAUACCCGGACCAGUGAUGAAUCGUUUCAAAGUGCCCGAACGAAUAGUCGAACAAAACCAACCUUGUCUAGCCUGUAGUCAACCUGUACAACCCGACAAUAAAGGAAUACGAUGUACGAUAGGUGGCAUGGGAUGUGGAGCUGUUUAUCACGCGGUAAGUUGGUUUAUAUUGUUGUUUUGUUAAAAUUUAGGUAGAGAUUGAGGUCGAAAGGGAUUCAAGAUUGAUUAAAGGUUAGAGAGAAAGAGGUAGAUUGGUUAAUUUAACAAGAAAUUGCGAUUCUAAAGAGUUUUAGACUAGUUCGUAGCUGAUUAUGGCUCAAACCUUAUUUUCUACCUAAAAUAAUGUUAAAAUUGGGGCAAAAAUUACUUUAUUGACUCAGGAUAGCUAAAAUUAGAAGCAACUACUUAUUACGGAACUGAUUGAUACCUAACCUUUCUCUUUUGGACUUUUUUUUAUUACUUCUUUUGCGCUAAAACAACAGUUUGUUACCUAAAAUAUGAAGAAAAUUAUAUUUACCUCAAUCACAACGUUUUUUUUCAGGCUUGUGUACAAAUAAGCCCGGAAGCCCUACACCUGUUCAUGCUAGAACAACAAUGUGAAUGGAUUUGUGGCAAUUGCACGGCGAAGCGCCGAACACCCGCCUUCUAA